UCUGCAAGAUACUUGUAGAUUAUUAACGUACUUCGACCAUACCUGUUUCAAUAUGCACUAUCUGAGCUCAAUGGAGGUUCUGAACCCCUUGAAUUAUAUAUCAUGUCGAGGAAAGUCCACUUGACAUCAGAAUAUUUGCCCUCAACAUUGCAAGGAUUUACCAAGGGUAGCCCAUUAAUUGCAAUUAACUUCUAUUCAUGAAUUCGAGUUCAACUGGAUCGGUAGAUCCAAAAUCACCGAUCAUGAAGUCUGAAGUAUUCUCUCAUCCUACGACUGAUGUUGAUACCGAGAUGGGCUCAACCGAUGAUAUAGGUGCCGGGCAGGAACUCAAGCGGGAUUUGGAGGGGCGCCAUAUCAAUAUGAUAGCGAUUGCUGGUAUGAUUGUAAGGGUUCCCGAGCAGAAAUUACAGGAAUGAUGAACUGAAAGUGUAAACAAGGGAACCGGUCUCUUUUUGAGUUCAGGUACCACAAUCGCGAGAGCUGGUCCUGCCGGUGCAUGGCUUGCAUACAUCUUCAUGGGAUUUGUGACUGCGGGAGUUAGCGUAGGUUUCGAGGAUCUCUACAUUCAUGAAUUCGGUGGACUAAUUUCGCAAACGGUAGUACACAACUGGCGAGAUCACUGCGUUCAUGCCAGUCACUGGCGGAUUCGUGCGUCAUGCUACCGCUUUUGUGGAGCCUGCUCUAGGAGCAGCGACAGGGUGGAACUUCUGUACGUUUAAACAAUACCAUUUGUGAUUCAUUUAUCUUAUGAAAACUAGGGUAUACAAUGGCUAUCUCAGUGCCAGCUGAACUCAGUGCAGCUGCGACACUUAUACAAUUUUGGGAUUCGAGCACAAAUCCAGCGGUCUGGAUAACUGUAUUUCUGGUAGUCAUAGUAUGCCUCAACUUCUGCGGUGUACGGAUGUAUGGUGAAGUAAGUUCUACGAACUACAAGCUGUCUAUCGUACUAGAACUAAUCAUGCGAUCUUAGUCCGAGGUAAUUUUCGCUUCCAUGAAGAUUGCCCUCAUCAUCGGUCUCAUUGUUGCAGGACUGGUUGUAGAUCUUGGCGGUGGACCACAGGGAGAAAGACUUGGGUUUAAUUAUUGGAAAUCUCCAGGCGCUUUCAACGAAUACCUAGUUAGUGGUAAUACUGGUCGAUUCCUCGCCUUCUGGUCGUCUCUGAUCAGUGCUGCUUUCAGUUAUGGUAAUGUUCAAGUGGUAGCACUUUCAGGUACAGAAACUGCGGAUCCCCGAAAGAUAAUUCCAGAUGCCACGAAGAAGACAUUCUUCCGUGUCUUUUUCUUCUAUGUAUUGAGUAUCUUAAUAGUGGGGAUGAUAGUGUAAGUAAUUAUCCUUUAUCUCGUUCCAUUUUACUAACAAUUUCUAGUCCGUAUGAUAGUGAAGCUCUAUCUGUUUCCACCGGAACAGCUGCGUCGUCUCCUUUUGUUAUCGCUUUCAAAGCGGCUGGGAUUAAGGUCCUUCCUUCCGUCAUCAACGCUGUUGUCUGCACAUCGGCUAUCAGUAGUGGAUCCGCUUGUAUAUUCCUGGCAUCUCGCACACUUUAUGGUUUGAGUGCCGAUGGCCAUGCUCCAAAGAUAUUCAUGAAGUGUAAUCGAUUUGGAACCCCGUGGUAUGCUGUGGGAUUGAGUGUUCUCCCAUCACCUCUUGUGUACAUGGUUGUUAGUAACCAGGCAUCGGUUGUCUUUGGGUGGUUUGUAAACAUUACCACAGUAGCUGGGUUAAUUGGAUGGGUCAUUAUCGAGGUUACCUAUCUCAGAUUCUUCUAUGCUUUGAAAAAACAGGGUAUUUUUCGUGAUGGUAUGAGAAUUCUCGGCGCUCCUAAUACUCCAAUCACUAACGAUAUCGUAGAAUUACCCUACAAAAGUCCAUUCCAGCCUUACGUAGCAUGGAUCACAGGAUUCAUGGUAUUUCUAAUCGUCCUCUUCUCCGGUACGAUUAACUACCUGAAGAAAGAUUGUCUCGUGCUAACGGACCACUCAGGAUUUGCUGUGUUCUUUCCUGGAAACUUCACAGCCUCUGGUUUCUUGACAUAUUAUAUCAACAUUGCAAUUUUCAUUGGUAAGCUUGAUCUAGGUCUCGCAAAGAAAAGAAUGUUAACAAAUUGGCUCCCAGUACUAUACGCUUUCUUCAAGUUAGUCCUUAAAUCUAAAGUCAUUCCAUUGGAAAGCAUAGACUUCGAGCCCGAGCUAGAAUCCAUACGUCGAUGGAAGGAGACAUCGGAUCUCAUGGAGGAAGAGAAGAAUUUUGUAAAAACGGUGUGGGAUAAGAUCUUCUGAAUCUUUGUUGCGUGGGCUGCUGAACAGAUCCCGGGAAAUAUCUUACCAUGUUCAGAUAAUGGGAAAUAUUUGAAAUCUUUUUCCUACUCUCGGUCCCCAACCAUUGAUUUCACGACUUAUUUGACCAAGACUAAAGGA